CGGGGAGCUGUCGUCAUUUUUGUUUUUAAAUUUAUUAAAUUAUUUAAGUUUUAAGCUCAGAUCCCAAUUUAAAGUUAUGAAAUAGUGUACACUGGACUCGUCAUCUGUAUUAUUUUUUUCUUACAACCAUAAAACCAUCACAUGGCACGGGAUGUGCACCUGCAAUGGGAUGAUGAAGACAGGUACACCACAGACCGAGACAGCGACGACAGCCCCAUACUCAACUACAGAUACGACAAACACCGCCGCUACGAGUACAAUAUCCGCGAGAUCAAGCCAGAAAGAGAGAGAAGAUGGGCGGUGACCCUCGCCGCCAAGUGCUCUCUUUUCAGCACUGCGAUGAUACUGUUCUGCGUGCUUCUCUACAUCCCCGUGUACAACCGGGCCAACGACCAGCUGCCCAAAGAACUUAUAGAUGUGCACGCUCCUUUGAAAACCGUAGAAUUAAAACAUGUUCCUGCGCCCUGGGUAACUCCUGAGAUUAAAGAUCUCAUGAGCAAACGCAAUACGGCCGAAAUUGCUGUAGCAGGCUGGUCAGUUCACACAAACCGGGACACAAAAAUAUACGUCCAGCCAGACAAUGUGACCACAGUACACGAACCAAAAUACAUUUGUCCGAAAGCUACCAGAAGCAAAACCAAUAAUCUAUUCCUCUUAAUAGUAGUAUGCUCUUCCACAAGCAACUUUGAGAAACGGGUAGCUAUAAGAGAAACGUGGGGAAGUUAUAAAAACUACCUGAAAUCGGGGAAAAUUUUCCACUUGAUCAGGGAAAAAUACGAGAAAUAUAAUUACACUUACGACCUGUACAGAGAAUCUAUAAAUCCAAGGCUUAACGUAAAUUUAAGUGUAAAUAAAUUAGUUAGGAGGAAACGUGACAUAUCUGUGAUUGGACGAGUGUUGCCAGAAUUGGCGAAGGCUUUGCAAAGCAAUUUGGCCAACGGUGAUAAUGAGGUGCAAGAAAAGAGAUUCGAGGACGAGAAAGAGGAAGAAGCGAUGCCGGAGUUCGAUAUGGAGAAAGAGUUGAAUGAGAAUGAGGACUUAAACAUGGACUAUGAUUAUCCUUCUAACGUUAUGAAAAUACCUCCGAAAGGUUACGAAGACAACCCCGACCUAGACGAAGUUUUGUCUAUGUUAAAAAAGUCAAAAGAUUUCCCUAAGGAGGAGAUUUUGGAAGAGGAAACUGGCAGCACUGUCGAUUUUAAACUGGUCUUCCUCCUGGGGUUGCCAUCCCAAGAGAACGACACAUCAAUCCAGGAUAAAAUAGAGGAAGAGGUGGAGAAAUAUGGGGAUGUCAUCCAGGAGGGUUUCGUUGAUUCAUACAACAAUUUGACGUUGAAAUCUAUUAUGAUGCUAAAAUGGGUCACUAACAAUUGUAAUGAGAGCGUCCGCUAUUUUCUCAAAACGGAUGACGAUGUGUACGUCAAUGUGCCAAAUCUGGUUCUCAAUCUCCAAAAUCGAUCUCAAGUCCACGACAGCACCAAGGGUCAAGAGAAGGAGUAUCUUCUGAUUGGAGACCUCAUAUGCGGCGCGAGGCCCGUGCAAGACGUUAGUAAUAAGUGGUACAGUCCGCGGUACAUGUACGGUGGAAGGGUGUACCCGCGGUACCUCUCCGGUACGGGGUACGUGCUCUCGUCCCAUACCGCGAUGGCGCUGUACGAGGCAGCUCUGCGUACCAGCUACUUCCAUUUAGAAGAUAUUUAUAUCACAGGCAUGUGUGCGGUGCGAGCCAAGCCACGCAUAGUGCCUCGCGACGAGCCCGGCUUCUCGUACACCGCCGUGGGGAACAACGCGUGCGCCGCGCACUCGCACCUCACCGCGCACCGCGUGGAGCCCGCGCACAUGCGACACAUCGCCACCAGGCUGGCGGACACGCGCAUUGUCGACAAAUGCGAGAGAAUACGACUAACGCAGGUGAAAAAAACACAAAGCCGAAUGUAUGUUAUAUACAAAUACCUCCAGUUACUCGUCUCGAACGUCUGCUGAGGAACGUCUGUUUACAGCUAUAGCCAGGUAAAUGGUAAAGCGGGCAGACUAUAGCGGCGUGGAGUGUUGAGAUUGGUACACUUGUGAGAAAAAAAAAACUGUACUCGUUCAGUUUCAUUCGGGCAAUAUAAAUACAAGAUUUUAAUGGUAACCCCUAAUUUAUUCUCAAUGGUUCAAUACUGUGAUUAAGAUAAGAAAUUUCUAUUGUUCACCAUUUUAUUUAAAAGACUUGAUAUUGACAAUUUUUUUUAACCAAAAUUGAUAACUAAAUAUAAGAAUUCGUUUAUGGAUUCCAUAUAUGCGCACGUGUUUUGGUCAUCACAAAAUUUUAUUGUAAUCUUAUUGGUAUUUUUUUCUCACAAAUGUAUGCCUUAAAGGCUUUAAAGUAAAAGACUUGUAUUAUAUAAACACACCUUUUUGGUGGUCGUCCUAUA